UUGAUAUCCCAUCGCGCGAGCCCGUCGCGUUGCGGCAGGGCGGGUGUUGUGGAGACCGAGGGGGGUGUGAAAGGAGACCACUUAAGUUUUUGCAGGUUUUUCCCACAUCUCGUGUUAUCCUGCCCACCGUAGGACGAGGACAUGGGUGCGGUGCUUGGGAUAUGCACUGCCUCGCAGCUGGCGUGCUGCUGCGGCUCAGCAGCCUGCAGCCUCUGCUGCUCCGCCUGCCCAUCAUGCGCCAACUCCACCAGCUCGCGCAUCAUGUACGCCCUGAUGCUGCUGGCCGUCACCGUGCUCUCCUGCAUCCUGCUGGCUCCCGGCCUCCAGGAUACCAUGCAGAAGGUGCCCUUUUGCAAUGAUCACGCUCCCAACGGCAUCAAGCUGGAUUGCAGCACUGCUGUCGGCUACAUGGCUGUCUACCGGGUCUGCUUCAUUGCCACCCUCUUCUUCGCCCUGAUGGCACUCAUGAUGAUCAACGUCAAAUCCUCUAAGGACGGCCGAGCAGCAGUACAAACGGGUGCAUUCUGGGGCAUCAAGUACCUGCUGCUGAUUGGCGGAAUGAUUGGAGCCUUCUUCAUACCAGCUGGGAGCCUCAACUGGUGGAUGUACUUUGGCAUGAUUGGCGGCUUCCUCUUCAUCCUGAUCCAGCUGGUGCUGAUCAUCGACUUCGCCCACUCCUGGGCAGACAGCUGGGUGUCGCGUUACGAGGAGAGCGAGUCGAAGGCCUGGUACUGCGCUCUGCUCUUCUUCACGUUCCUGCAGUACGCGCUGGCCAUCACGGCCGUCGGCCUCUUCUUCGCCUUCUACACGCGCCCGGACGGCUGCGCCACACACAAGUUCUUCAUCAGCUUCAACCUGAUCCUGUGUGUGGUGGUGUCGGCGCUGUCGGUGCUGCCCAAAGUGCAGGAGUCGCAGCCGCGCUCGGGCCUGCUGCAGUCGGCCGCCGUCACCCUCUACACCAUGUACCUCACCUGGAGCGCCAUGGCCAACCAGCCCGACGCUAGCUGCAAGCCCAACUUCGGCGCCCUGAUCCCGGGCGGCCGGUCGACGCCACCCGGGCACCAGCCGCCCGGCAUCGACGCCGAGGCCAUCGUCGGUCUGAUCAUCUGGUUCGUCUGCGUGCUGUACUCCAGCGUGCGCACGGCCAGCUCGUCCCAGCACGCCAAGUUGACCGGCUCCGACAAGCUGCUGCUGAAGGAGGACACCAAAACCAUGGCCAAUCCGAGUGAUGCCAGCACCCUGGUCGAUGCGGAAGGUGGCGGUACUGCGAGCGACGCCGAGACCGCCAAGGUCUGGGACAACGAGGAGGAUACGGUAGCCUACAGCUGGUCCUUCUUCCACCUGAUGUUCGCCUUGGCCACGCUCUACGUCAUGAUGACGCUCACCAGCUGGUACUCCCCGAACUCGGACCUGCGCUCCAUCUCCAACAACUCGGCCUCCAUGUGGGUGAAGAUUGUGUCCUCGUGGCUCUGCCUGGCCUUGUACGCCUGGUCGCUGGUGGCGCCGCUCAUCCUCACCAACCGCGAGUUCAACUGAGCCGCCCGCCCGACAGCUGGUGUUGCGACUGGCCGUUGGCGGUCGCAGUGCACU